UAGCCGAGGCUGAGGAGGGGCCCUGCGGGUGGGGCCCCUGCGCCCCUAAGGUUCUGCAGCUCUGCAACAACCCUGAGGGCUACCUGGCUGCCUACAGCCUCCUGGCCAUCUUCCAAGGUAUUGUGGUAAAUGGCCUGAUUAAUGUCAGUAUUUCAACAAUUGAGAAGCGUUAUGAGUUGAACAGUUCCCUCACUGGCUUAAUCUCUUCAAGCUAUGACAUUGCUUUUUGUAUACUGUCACUGUUCGUGUCUUUCUUUGGAGAAAGAGGGCACAAACCACGAUGGCUUGCUUUCUCAGCAUUUAUGCUAGGAUUGGGCUCACUUAUAUUUUCCUUACCACACUUCAGUAGUGGAAAAUACCACUAUGGAGCUAAACUCGAAGACACAUGUCAAAUUCCAGGAAGAAGUGCUGCUAACUUCACUUGCAGUGCCAGCACAAAGUCAUCGCUUCCCAACUAUCUGUAUGUCUUCAUCCUGGGACAGCUGCUGCUGGGAGUUGGAGGAACGCCACUAUAUACUCUGGGGACAGCUUUCAUUGAUGACAGUCUCCCAAAACACAAGUCUUCCCUUUACAUAGGAAUUGGCUAUGCCAUGUCACUGCUGGGUCCUGCCAUUGGCUAUGUCUUAGGAGGGCAGCUACUUAAUAUUUAUAUUGAUAUCCAGUUCCCAGAAAGUACGAAGUUGGAUGAAGAUGACCCACGUUGGCUUGGAGCAUGGUGGAUAGCGUUUCUUGCAUGCUUUUUUGCAAUUUGGCUUCUUAUAAUACCUUUUUCAUGCUUUCCGAAACACCUACCAGGAACAGCAAAAAUACAGGCUGAAAAAAUAUCUGAAACUCAUUAUGAUGGAAGUGAGGUGCUUGUUAAGACCAAGAAUAUUGGAAAAAAUUUUAAAGACUUUCCUGUGGCUCUUCUGAUACUGCUGAAGAAUCCAGUGCUUAUGAGUCUAAUAAUAGCCAGUUCUUCAGAAGCUUUAGUUGCCACUGGCUUUGCCACCUUUCUACCAAAGUUUAUAGAAAAUCAGUUUGGAAAGACAUCAAGUUUUUCAUCAACUCUUGGAGGACUUGUAUUAAUUCCAGCAGCAGCACUAGGCCAAAUCAUAAGUGGCAUCUUGGUUUCCAAGUGCAAAAUGGAUUGCAAAAGCAUAAUCAAGUUCAUAAUAGGCACUUGUUCAGUGGCCUUACUAUUAAACACAGUGUUUUUGUUUGCUAAAUGUGGGAAUGAACCUUUCGCAGGUGUCUCUGAAACAUAUAAUGGAACAGGCAUGCUAUAUAACUUAACAGCACCAUGCAAUGCCAACUGCAGAUGUUUGCACUCUGUGUACUACCCAGUUUGUGGCAGAGAUCAAGUCCAGUACUUUUCUCCCUGUUUCGCAGGAUGUACAUCACAUCUUUAUAACGACACAAAAAAGACUUACCACAACUGUUCCUGCAUUGGGAAACCGAAAAGUAAAAAUGGUUCAGAAGAUUUUCUCUAUGAAGCUGUCCCUGGGAAAUGUCAAACCCAAUGCAAACUCCUACCAUUGUUCCUGAGCACCUUCUUUUUUGCUGUUGUUUUUACAUUUAUGGCUGUUACUCCAACAACUGUGGCUAUUCUCAGGUGUGUGCCAGACAAACAGCGCUCGUUUGCUCUUGGAGUGCAGUCAGUAUUUCUACGACUACUGGGUACUAUUCCUGGACCAAUUUUGUUUGGUGUUGCUAUAGACAACAGUUGCACUUUGUGGGAUGUUGAUGAAUGUAAAACUAAAGGAGCCUGUUGGGUUUAUGACAACAAAAGAAUGGCAUAUCUGCUGAUGGGCAUAAGUGCUGCUUGCAAAAUCAUCACGAUCAUCUUCAUCCUCAUGGCAGUAUGUUUGUAUAAGCCUCCACCAUCAACUGCAGCCGUGUCACAAAAUGAUUCAGAAAUGGUGUCUUCUGUACACACAUAA